AUGAACCAAGGACAGCAGUACCAACCGCCACGGCGGACCGGUACCUUCUCCUCACAUCCCGACGAGUUGCACAUGUCGUCGGGCAUGGCCCCUCAAAGCCAACAACAGAUGUCACCGCGCGACUAUGCGACCACCGGCGCGCCACACAUCAAACUUGACCAGAUAUCCCCGAAUCUCCCGCAACUGCCCAGCUACCAGGGCACCGGCUCCGUGCCAAAUGCGCUGCAGCCGGGCGGACUGGGCGCCCGCCCGCCCACCAUCCCGUCCAACACGGCGCCGACACUCUCCAGCAUGCAACAUCAGUCUGAAUACCAAUCGCAUCAGCACCAGACAGGCAAACCCGACUCGCUGAGCCUGUCGCACUCCUACUCGCGGUCUAGCCCAUCGACGCGCUACGAGUCUAGCGGGUCCGGCUACAUACCAUACACACCAACCACUCCCGGCGGCACGACGGCCUCUUCGCAGUACAUGUCCCCUACCGACUCAAAGUACAACCCCCCGAACUCUCAGCGCAAUGUCUCCAAUACACCUCUCGGGCUCGCCGAUAUUCGUCCACGCGCCGACUCGAGUCUCUCGGACGGCUUGCCCGGAACGCCAGGCUACGACGUGCUAAACCUGCAGCCGCGAACAAGCAACUACAUGGCUCCAUGGGCCCUCUACGCCUUUGACUGGUGCAGGUGGGCCCCCCAGGGUAAUGGUGCCGGCAAGCUUGCUAUUGGCAGCUACCUGGAAGACGGCCAUAACUUUAUCCAAAUCCUUGAUGCCCAUCUUUCUCCCACACCGUCUGAUGUCUAUGUACCUGGGGGUUCUAAGUGGACCAUGGACUUUACGAGAAUCGCCGAGGCCACCCACUCAUACCCCGUCACGCGGUUGCUCUGGGAGCCCCCGUCAUCACAGAAGCAGUCAACGGACUUGCUCGCGACCUCGGGAGACCACCUCCGAUUGUGGUCGCUUCCGUCCGAUACCCAGUUGCCAACUCCUGGGACGUCCAUAACAUCAAGGAACGGCCGAGACAUGCCCGUCACGAAGCUCACACCGCUUGCUCUCCUCUCCAAUUCCAAGACUCCCGACCACACCGCGCCGCUGACCUCACUGGACUGGAACACGGUCAAUCCCAGCUUGAUCAUCACCUCUAGCAUAGACACGACCUGCACCAUUUGGGACAUACCGUCCUUGACGGCAAAGACGCAGCUGAUCGCCCACGACAAGGAGGUUUAUGACGUGCGGUUUUGCGCGCAAAGCGUCGAUGUGUUUGUCAGUUGCGGCCAGGACGGAAGCGUGCGCAUGUUCGACCUGCGCAGUCUCGAACACAGCACCAUCAUCUACGAGCCCACGGGCAAAGAAGAACGAGGUACCUACCCCUCCCUCCGAACUAUCUCACUCCUCUUCUCCACAAUCCCGACCCUCGCCCAACAGACCCUCUCGCACGCCCCGCCGCUCUUGCGGCUCGCGACCUCCCCGCACGACCACCACCUCCUCGCGACAUUUGCCCAAGAUUCCAACAUGAUCCGCAUCCUCGACGUCCGCCAGCCGGGCCAGGCCCUUCUCGAGCUCCGCGGCCAUUCGGGCGCCCUCAACUGUGUCGAGUGGUCCCCCCUGCGCCGGGGCACGCUAGCUUCGGGAGCGGAUGAUUGUCAGGUGUUGAUUUGGGAUCUGAUGAACAACCAAAGUGGCCAGGCGCCGCCGCUGUCAUCGCCGCAGGUUCCGGGUGCACAACAGCCGAAUGGUGCCGGCGGUGCGGCCGCGGGCGGGGACAAUGUCAGGAGUCCGGUGGCGAGCUGGCAGUGCGAGUAUGAGGUGGGCAACGUCGGGUGGGUGCCGCAUUUGGCGACGGGGGAGUAUGGCGAGUGGCUUGGUGUGAGUGCCGGGCGUGGGGUGUGGGGGGUGAGGCUAUGA